CAGUAUUUGACUGUUGAAAUGUCGAUAUCUGGAAGUGAGGGAGAUGCGUGUUCACUGACAGCUGAUCUUAGAGCGACGAAAGAAAAGAUAGAGCAGCUUCUGACAAUCUACAAGUCAAGUGAUGGUACUAACCGACACGACACGUCUGCAACCGACCAACACACCCAAUCAAACAGAAACAACCCAACCCAUCACCAUCCAAACCCACCAACUCAAAGUGACUGGCAGAGGGUCAACGAGAUGUUGAGACAGCGAGGUAUGCAUCCUGUCUCUUUCCUGCAGCCAUCCGAUGUCUUUCAGACGCGAAGUAUUGUGGUGAUGGAUGACGUGGGGAGUCACUCGCUGCAGGCGUUGCUGUUUUCGCUGUUGGUUGAGUGCGAUAAGAAGCAGAGUAUUAUUGAGGAGUGGAUGAAUGCGGCACAUAGAGACAGAGUGGCUUUCAAGGAAGAGAAUGAGAGAAACUACAAGCUACAACAAGAAAUAGAUGAGCUGAGACGGCAGACACAGACGGAUAGGAUGAGAAUUGAGGAGAUGGAGAGUUGCCGUGUGAAUGAAUUACGUCGUCAUGGUGAGGAGCUCCAAAAGGCAAAGAGUGCAGCAAGUGCCAUGGAGAGUAGACAUCGCCAAUUGGAAGUGAAAUGUCGACAGCAAGAGACGACGCUUGCACAGAUGCAAGACAAGCAAUACAGAUUGCUUGAAAUGGAAGAAAAACGGAAAGCAAAGCAUCAUCAGUUGCUUUCUGGAUCACGAUCCUUCCCAAAGAGACUGCCCGAAUCGAAGUCUCUUGAGAUGGUUGAUGCAUAUGAGACUAGAAUAGAGAAAAUGCAAGAGGAACUGCAUUUCCUCAGGCAGGAGGUGGCAAUGCAGGAUCAAUCGCAUGUGACUCAUUCGGUGUCUAGGAAUACGUCGUACUUGCCUUUGUUUGUCAGGCUCAAGGAUGCCGAGGAGCACUGUUCGACUCUCCAAGCAAGCAGAGCUUUUCUCGUGAGAGAAAACGCUCAGUUGAAGGAAGAGCUCAUGAAAAGAAAAGAUGAGAAGGCGAGCCAGGAUAGUGAGAUAACACAGCAAAAGCGUGGGAGGAACAGGACCCGUCAAGGAGUCAAGAGAGACGAUAUUUUGUCGCUUUCACUCUCAACAUGUCAACAAUAUCUUCAAAGUAUUUGCCACGAAAUGGGAGUCAGAUCAGUUAGUGAUGCUUUAUCGAAAUUGAGGAGACUCAGUGAUGAAGCAGAAGCAGCACACAUUAUGGAGCAGCUUGUCAAAGAGAUUCUACAACUCAUUGAGUCUCCCGGUACGCCACACAAACAUCCAGUCGACAGCCAACCUACAGUCGACACCACAAACCACAAACUAUGGUGUGAAUUCACACAGAAACACAUCACCACAACACUACAACAUUGGGUCUCCAUUCUGACAUCAAAAUCACACCAAAAGAGUGAUGAAGACGAUCUACUGCUGAUGGUCACUCAUUUUCAGAAGCUUUUCCAUGUGCCUUCCCAGUCGGGUGUGAUUACACAGAUGAGUGAGGUCUGUAGCCGAUUGGAGGAGUACUCAAAUGUAUUACAAAAUAUUAAGGAUUUGUUGAGACUCGAGCCGACGUCGUCUUCGGCUAAAGUCGUGAUGAGAGUAGACUCUCUCAUGCAGUCAUUUCAACAUGAAAAUGUACACAACAGAGUUACAGUACAAGACAAACUGGAGGAAUACGAGGAGUUCAUCCCAGCAUUUCAGGGUCUCAUCUCGCAGCUCUUAUCCAUCCUCAAAGUUUCAAGUCUUGACGACAUCGUUCCAUUAGUGAGGCAGCUCAUUCACAAUCAAGACAGCUUGACCAGCGAUGAGUAGCAAUUUAUAUUUGCUAAUAAUCGUUAUAUUAAUUUUACAGUUUACAUCGCUUGUGUAUGUAUACGCAAGAUUAGGAUUCUAUUGCACUGUAACUACCACUUUAGUAGUAGAAAUGUAUAUUGAAAUAUGAAGCAUUGUAUCAUG